AUCACCCACUCCACACAUCACACAUACUGUCAUACAGCCCUCUCUGUUAUAUUGCUGUGAGAUUUAUCCUUUUAUCGUUUACUCUCUUUUCUCUGUUUUCUUUUGAAGAGAUUAUUAAGCCAAAAAAUGAUCCUUUUUUUUCUUAAGAACUUGAUAAUGAGUUGAACAAAAAAAAAAAAAAAAAAGAAGAAAAAGGAGGGAUCUUUGGGGAAAAAGGAAUAAGAAAAGGUUAAAAUCUUUGUUGGGUUGUUAUUUGAUUUUGGUUUAUGAUAUGAAUUGUGGGUUUGAGUGGUUCUUCAAAAGGAUCUGUUUUAAGCUUUUGGGUUUUUUUUUUGAGUGUUUAAAGAAGAGGGAAAUGGCUGGAAGUAAUGAAGUCAACUUCAAUGAGUGCAAGAUGGUGGUUCCCCUAAAUACAUGGGUCCUCAUCUCCAAUUUUAAGUUGGCUUACAAUCUUCUUCGUCGACCUGAUGGCACUUUCAAUCGUCACUUGGCAGAGUUUCUUGAUCGCAAAGUACCUGCUAAUGCAAACCCAGUUGACGGGGUUUUCUCAUUUGAUGUCCUCAUUGAUCGUGGUACAAGCCUCCUUAGUCGGAUUUAUAGGCCAGCUACUACUGAAGAGCCUCGGCCAAAUAUUGUUGAACUUGAGAAGCCUGUCACGGGUGAGGUUGUCCCUGUUAUAAUUUUCUUUCAUGGUGGAAGUUUUGCACAUUCCUCGGCAAAUAGUGCUAUAUAUGACACUCUGUGUCGGCGAUUGGUAGGUAUUUGUAAGGCUGUUGUGGUUUCUGUGAAUUAUCGACGGGCACCUGAAAAUAGAUAUCCAUGUGCUUAUGAUGAUGGGUGGACUGCUCUAAAGUGGGUUAACUCUAGAACGUGGCUUCAAAGUCAGAAAGAUUCAAAGGUUCAUAUAUAUUUGGCUGGGGAUAGCUCCGGUGGUAACAUUGUACACCAUGUUGCUGCACGAGCCGUGGAAUCAGGAAUUGAUGUAUUGGGGAAUAUAUUGCUCAAUCCAAUGUUUGGCGGACAAGAAAGAACAGAAUCUGAAAAGCGUUUAGAUGGGAAAUACUUUGUUACUCUACGAGACCGGGACUGGUACUGGAGAGCUUUUCUCCCUGAAGGUGAAAACAGGGACCAUCCUGCAUGUAACCCAUUUGGCCCUAAUGGUAGAAGUCUUGAAGGAAUCAAAUUUCCAAAGAGUCUUGUUGUGGUUGCUGGCUUGGAUCUUGUUCAGGAUUGGCAAUUGGCUUAUGUUGAAGGGCUCAAAAAAGCUGGCCAAGAGGUUACUCAUUUAUAUAUGGAACAGGCAACAAUUGGUUUUUACUUGUUGCCUAAUAACAACCACUUCCAUACUGUUAUGGGUGAGAUAAGUAAAUUUGUGAGUUUUAACUGUUAAUAGAAUUAACUUUACCUACAGGCAGCCAUAAAUGACUGGAGCUGGACGUUCACCUUAUGCUAAUUAAGAAGUUUGCAGUUUAUGAUUGUGUAGUAUUACUAAUUACUGUUGGUGUUAUUGGGCUCUGCGUUUUCCUGAUUUAUCGACUACCGAGCUUGAUUAUAUGAUGAAGAAGAGGUAUUUCAGCAUGUAGCUGGAUCAGGAUGUGUUCUGGCCUGCAUUCAAUCGCCUGGACUUGGGUGUUAUGGUUUGAUGAAGCUGUUAUGGCGGUUCGAGCCUUUUGACUAUGUUUAGCCGACCACUAAAUUUAAGAGCUACGGAUUCUGGCUUCUUGCCACAAAGGAGAAGAAGACAGGAAUAUAUGGAUAACAUUUGGUACCUGAUCAAGGGAUCGGUGCCUGGCUGAUAUUAUAUAAGCUAAUUUUAGAACAUGAAUUAGAAAGGUUCAAUGGUGGUGUGACCUUGUAUGUAUACAUAUGUAUUAGUAUAUAUAUAAAGAUGUUUGCUUAAAUCUGUCUUCUCCAUUGUCUUUCAGUUUUUCUUCCUCAAGUUUAAAUUUUAGUUUUUUGUUUUCUCUUCUUGUUUUCACGCUCUACUGGGCAAGUGUAAAUACAAACUAUAUUGUUCUAUAAUAUUGUCAUAUACACUCAAAGGCAGAGUCCUGAACUCUUGAUCACUGUAAUAGUUCAAAGUUACUGGUUUCCUGGAAACUUCUGAUAGCAAGAUUCUUCCUCUUGAAUUUGUAGUUUUUAACCAAAAAGAACAAGAAUAAACUCCUAACCUCAUCUUUCAAGUUGAAAAGGCUAGAGCUGUUAAAAAGAAGGGAGCAGUGCAGAUUCCAUGACACUGAAUUUAUGUUUGCUUGUUGUGGUGAAGGAUCAGGCUGUGUUGAUGAGCUAUACAAGCUUCUUGUUCAUGGGAUGUUUAUGUUCUACUCAGGAUUGCACAAACAAUAACUUCACAGCUUUUUGGCUUAUCCAUAUGUUUAAUCUUGGAAAAAGGUGGAUGAACCUUUUGCUGAAUGAUUGAUGAUAGAUUAGCAUGAACAUCUAAAAAACAAUAUCUGCCAAAUUUCACUCCCCAGAAGAUAAUUGUUUAGACUACUGAACGAGGAAUCAAAACGUGCGGCCAUUUCAUCCAUUAAUUCCAGCCAGGACAAAAGGGUAUCCAGACACUUUGAUAAAUGAUUGGAAGCAAAUUCUACCAGUCUAUUUUUUGCCCCAUAGCUUGAUUGAUUUGAUGCAUUCUUGUCAUUUCUUGAAUGCUUGUAAGGGAAGAGUAAUUUGGCGCUUGAAGCUCCAUAAAAUACAGAAAUUGGCUUGUUUUGAAAGGGGAAAACCUACAUAAUGGUGGUUGCAAUUUGGAUGCAUUAAAGGGGACCACUAGAGAAACACACACCAUCCUUUUUGUAAGCUGUUAGGAUUUGCUUUCAUAGUGCUAAAGGAAUAUUAGCAUAAUGUUAAAGAACAGCUAAGCUUUUGAUAAAGGCAUCAAACCUUGUCU